AUAAACAGUCUUUGGUCUGGAUAGCAAACAUGAAGUCAACCGCUCUGAUCCUCGUGUGCGUCACCAUCGCUACAGGCCUGUUUGUCGACCACGGUGAUCCAUACAAAUCCGGCACGUUGACAACGGGGAAAGUCGUCGUUACCGUCCUCGAAGACAAGAGCCCCCUGCAUGCCGUCGCCUACUACCCUAACGUCACCGGGGACUACGGCGUUGUCUUCUUUAUCCCGGGACUGGACGGUGUCAUUCUCAGCGAGUUCUACUCCGAGUGUCUCACUGCAAUAGCUCAGCAUGGAUUCGUCGUGGUCGCUAGUGACUACAUUUUUCCUGCGCUUGAUAACCCGACCGGUUACCACAUGAACAAAGAGAAACUUGGCUUCAUCGCUGACAAGUACAUGGAGCAGUUUUACUGGCUGAAGUCCAACCUGCAGAGGUUAAUCCAAGCCGUAACACCGGGCGUGAUUAGCAGUUGGGACCACGUCGCGCUUCUCAGUCACUCUGCCGGGGCCGACGCUUUGUUGAAGAUGACGGAGAGAAACCAUACCUUGUUCCAGGCUGUCGUGUUUUGGGAACCCUUCAGUUAUCAGUUCACGACAAAGACCAACUAUUCCCUCCCAGCUCUCAUCACGGGGACGCAGCUGUCCACGAAGAAAGCGAUCAUCGUCCCAUGCAUCAUCCCUGGUUUCGGCUACAACCACUUCUACGACAUGUGGGGGGAACCUCCUAAAGUGCUCGUGGACGCCAAGAACUUUGGUCACUGCGACCUCAUGGAUUAUGCCUUUCGUGAUUUCUGUAUCGAUACCAAGACGUGUCUGGGAGGUAACGCCUCCAUGAUCCCAGCUUACCACCAGUACACCCAGGGAAUAACAUCUGCCUUCCUCAUCGUUUAUCUCCAGGGCUUCUCCCAAACCAUCAACUACGUCAUCGACCAGACAAAGAUACCACUACCUCUUGAUGAGUUUAAAUAUAACAUGUCAGCGCCAUCCUAUCAACACUGGCAUCUACCAUAGGACAGACUGCUCUUUAUCCCAUUUGUCUUUCCAUAACAUGCAUUUCAAGUGAAAAAAAACGACGAGAUACAAAAAUAAGACAUUGUCUAUUGAUGUAUGUAUGAAUGUGUAUACUGUGUUCAUUAAGAAAGUCUUUUUGUAAAUAUAUAAAUACACUAUUGAUAUGUAUAAGUGUUUUAGCGUAUAUUUUCCACUUGGGGUCAAUUAUUGUAUCCUGACAAAGGGUAACAUUUAUUAAAAAUGGUUCAUGAAUAUGUUACUGAUACAGUUGGAAUAAUUGUGAAAGCACUCAAACACCUACUGCUAUUGUAUAUGGCGAGUGUGGAAGAUAUCCUCUCUUUAUAAACGCAUUGUGUAAAACUUUAAAAUAUUGGUUAAAGGUUAUUCAUAUGCAUCAAAAUAGAACUCCUUUGAAAGUGUACAAAAUGCAAAUGUAUUACGAUAAUUGUGGAUAUAAGACAUAUGCGAGAAAUACUUUUCUCACAUGGAUUUGGUUACGUCUGGAUGUCUCAGACAGUUGGUGAUGCAGCUUCAUUCAAGACUGUUGCAAUCAAUAUGUUUUUUCAAUCAUGGAAUUGUACAUUGAAUAAAAGUUCAAGAUACCGUAUUUACCGAGAGUUUAAAUAAUGUUGAGUUUGCAACUCGUAAUUGUCCAUUGUGUAAGCUGGGUGUAGAAGAUGAGUAUCAUUUUAUUUUUAUAUGUACUGAAUAUAACUCCCUUAGAUUAAAAUACUUGCCAUAUGUAUAUCAGAAACAACCAAACUACUAUAAAUUUUAGUCCCUGUUAUCAACCAAAAA